GAAUAUGGUGAAUUGUGAAUAUUUCUUGCAAGUAUUUUAUUCGGUCAGAUGUUUUUGUAAAUAAAAUAAACUUUUUUAAGUUUUGAAUAAAAAUGUCCAACUUAUUGCGCUUUUUUGGUCAAAUCAUCGGUCGAAAUACAAUUCAAAUCAGUCGUAGCAUAACAACUACUACUCCUGCGCUGGCCAAAGAAAUUGAAGAAAAAGUGGAGAAAAGUGCACUUGUUCUACAGGCUGUACAAGUUCCAUCACCACGCUCUGAACGUAUGUUAAAAGAAGCAUGUGGUGCAGGUUUUUGUCCGCAAUGCACACUUGGUUUGGACAUUAAACAUACCGAUGUGUUAAUCUUGUCACAAUAUUUGCGCUCCGAUGGCUGCAUGCUACCGCGUCGUGUAACCGGAUUAUGCCGAAGGCAGCAGAAACGUAUUGGUACCAUGGUAACUAUGGCACAGAAAGCGGGGCUGAUGCCAAAUUUGGCGCCAGCAUGGAGUAAGAAAGAUCCAAAGAAGCGUUAUGGUUGGAAAAAAUUUAAUAAAUACUUCCUUGAGGAGACGAUAAAAUACUGAAAUUUCAGUUAGUUGCGAUAAUUAAUAUGUCUGGCUGUAUGAUGAAAUGUUAUAUUAAAUUUCUUUAGAAAACAUCAAA